AUGCCCUUGCCUCUUCUUCGUGUUCGUACAAAACCAGCUAAAAGGUAUCAAAGUUCUUUACCUAUUACCCAUAAGUUACUAGCAAACAAAUCAAAUGAACAAUCAAAUCAUUUAAGUAAUUUAGAAAAUUUAAAUAAAUAUUCAAAUGAUAAUGAUUUAAGUGAUUCAGAACAAUAUUCAAAUAAAUCAAAUGAACUAGAUCAAUAUUCUAGUGAGACAUACCAAUACUCAAGUGAAUCAGAUAAAGAUGUAGAUUGGGAGAUUAGUGAAGAGGAAUAUUUUCUAGAUAACUAUGAAAACUAUUUACAUGAUAAUGAUAAUGAUUUGACGAAUUCAGAUAAUAACAAUACUGCUGAAGAAAUAGAACAGAUUAAUGAAAGACAAUUACUCAGAGCUGAUUCACUUGUUCUAUAUCAUGGGCUUCCCGAACACUUGCGUAGUAAUAAUAGAAAAACACGUGAAAUGGGUAUAGAACUUUGGCUUGUUGAAGGGCAAGAAUAUUUGAUUAUACCUGAAAAUAUUACUUCAAUUAAUGUUUGGCUAAAGAAUCUUAAUAGGCUAGCAGAAUAUGAAUAUUUUGUAACUGAAAUAUUAUAUAGCUUUAAUGGUUGGUGGCAUAUUCGUGAUCUUAUCAAAAAGCACAAAGCUCCUUAUGAAUAUAUACCUAUCCCACCAUUACCACCACGUCCAAUGCCUAUUAAGAAG